AUGAGUGUGGAAGAGACAGAUACUUCAUUUAAUGAUGUCGAGUAUGGCUCUUUCUUUAGUUUUCGCCCACAGAAGCGCAAAGUCACAUACCAUCUAGAUGAGCAGGUCGGAAAUUAUCAUUAUGGUGACAAGCAUCCUAUGAAACCACAUCGUAUCACGAUUGCUAACCAUCUUGUCAUGGGGUACGGCUUGCACGACAAAAUGAAUGUUUAUAGUCCUAGGAAAGCUACAUUCAACGAAAUGGCUAGCUUUCACCGAGAAGACUACUUAAAUUUUUUACAAAAAAUCACUCCCGACGAUGCUGAAUCGUAUGCUGAUACAUUCCAGAAUUUUAAUAUUGGCGCUGACUGUCCUAUCUUUGACGGUGUAUAUGAGUUUUCUCAAAGGUCUGCGGGUGCCAGUCUGGACGCUUCAAGAAAAUUAACCCAAGGACAAACGGAUAUUGCCAUUAAUUGGAGCGGCGGACUUCAUCAUGCAAAGCGAGCAGAAGCUAGUGGAUUUUGCUAUGUUAAUGACAUUGUCUUGGCCAUUCUUAAUAUGCUACGUUAUUUUCCUCGAGUUCUUUAUAUUGAUAUUGAUAUCCAUCAUGGAGACGGUGUCCAACAAGCAUUCUACGAAUCUGAUCGUGUUUUAACCGUCUCCUUUCAUAAAUACAAUGGUGACUUCUUUCCUGCAACGGGAAAUUUCGACGAACAUGGAAUCAAAGGCGGAAAGUAUUUUGCGAUGAAUGUACCAUUAGACGAUGGUAUUGGUGAUGAUCAAUACACGAGCUUGUACAAAUCUAUCAUCGAGCCAACGAUCAACACAUUUCAGCCUUCGGCUAUCGUACUUCAAUGUGGAGCCGAUUCCUUAGGUUAUGACAGGUUAGGUGUUUUUAAUCUUAGCAUCCGUGCUCAUGGCGAAUGCGUAAAGUUUACGAAGUCCUUCAAUAUCCCCAUGCUUGUUGUUGGCGGCGGUGGAUACACUCUUCGGAAUGUCGCUAGGGCUUGGUGCUAUGAAACCUCUAUCUGUGUGGACGAACCGGUUCCUUCACAGUUACCGAAAGAUACUUCUUACUAUGAAUUUUUUUCUCCCGAUUACACUUUACAUCCAAAAUUAAUAACAAAAAUUGAAAACAAAAACUCACCCAAAAUGUUAGAGGACCUUAGGAUACGCGCGUUGGAACAAUUACGCUAUUUGGGUAGUGCUCCGAGUGUUCAAUUGCAGCAAAUUCCUCCAGACUUAACUGGUCAUUUGGACGAAGAAGAUGACCGCCUUAAUGAUGAAUUUCUUGAUAAAGUGUUAGAUGUUCGGGUUAAUGGGUAG